GCUGCCCAUCAAACAGCACAACAGCACACAUCUUACCGCGCUACAAAAAACUAAUUCCGCCAACAAAACUUUACAAAUGAACGCAAAAAAGUUAAGUGUUCUGAAUUUCACCGCUGUGUGGGUUUUACUGCUGUUGGCAGUAUGUUCUGUUGAAGCUCGUCGUUUUGGCAGCAGCGGUAGUCGCAAAUCAUCUGGUUCCAGCAGCAGUAUACGCCGUACAUCUCAUUCUUCUCCAUCUUAUUCUGCACCAUCUCAUUCUUCAUCAUCUCAUUCAUCAGGCAGCUCUUUUGGUCAAGCUUCGAAACCAUCUUAUAGUCAUUCGGAUUUGAUCAAAUUAAGUUAUGGAAACAAUUACAACUCCCGGCCAAGCAGCGGUGUAAACCAUCAAACUUCUCAAUCCAGACCAGCACAAAGUGCUCCACCAAUUGGUUGGAAUGUACCGCAAGCUAAUAAACCAGUAGGUCCACCACCUGCUUACUCAGCAACGAAUCCAGUCGGUGGUGCCAAAACUAAUAUACAUGAGCCACCACCACAAUACAAAGCCAGUGCGCCACCACUAAAUCAAGCACCGCCAUCGCGUACUAAUACAGGAACAGCUUAUGGAGCCGGUGUAGGUGCCGCCUCUGGUAGCCAUUAUACUGGUAGCCAUAGUAGUAGUGGUACCGCUUAUCGUCCUCGCACCAACUCCACUGGUGGCUAUAAACCCGCUCAAACUUAUCAACCACGCACAAAUACAACCGGUGGAUUUGGUGCUGUUUCUCAUACACCCAUCAGACCAGUAAAUCAACAAACUGUACAAUCUAGUUAUCCCGGUGCUACAUAUCACCCAUCUGGUUCACUACCAGCUGGUGCUACAUAUCAUCCAGCAGGUUCAUUACCAGCCGGAGCUUCUUAUCAUCCAGCAGGCGCCCUACCAGCCGGUGCUACUUAUCAUCCAGCAGGCGCCCUACCAGCCGGUGCUACUUAUCACCCCGCUGGUGCAUAUCCAGCCGGUGCUACUUAUCAUCCCGCCGGUGCGUUACCAGCUGGCGCUACUUAUCAUCCAGCAGGUUCAUUCCCCGCUGGUGCUACAUAUCAUCCUGCAGGCGGUAUACCAGCCGGCGCUACAUAUUAUCCAGCUGGACAUGCUCCUUCAUAUCCAGUGCAAGCAAUGCCAGCUGGUGCCACAUUUUUGGCAGCGGGUUCAGCUUUACCACCGGGUGCAACAUACUAUCCACAACCGCCAAGAUCGUCAUCAUCCGGCCUUGGUUUCGGUUCAGGUUUAGCAGCUGGUGCGCUCGGUGGCGCGUUACUUGGUCAUGCAUUGACGCCAACGCAUACUCGUGUUGUUGAGCACGUACAAUCCGCACCAAGUAGUGGUUCUACUAACAAUGACGACAAAAUUAUUAUAAUUAAUAAUGGGCCAGGUCAGCCUACUGUUACUGAUGCUGGUUCAGGUACAACAAUCAUUAAUACCGGUGGCGCAGCACCAGCUGCCGCUCCUCAAACUCCAGUUUUUGCACAACAACAACCACCUGUACAAUAUGCUCCUGCCCCUGCCGCUGCACCAGCAGCAGUAGCACCUGUAGCUGGCGCAGCUCCAAGUCAACCAGCUGCACCCUUAGCACCAUUAGAACCUUUACCAAAUAACGGCAAUAUGGAAGCAGCCAUUGCACCUGUUUUAAUGACCGCUAAUACUAAUGCAGCUGCAGCUCCACCUGCUGCUAAUGCACCUGCAGCUCCUGCAGUUGGUCCAGCAGCAGCGGCAGUAGCACCUGCAGUUGAUCCAGCAGCAGCGGCAGCAGCACCCGAACAACCUCCAGCUGGUGGCAUAAUUUGUGUACCUGUACUUGUACCUCAACCAGAUCCUAAAGAUAGCACGAAAACAAUUGAAGUAGAACAAAUCGCUUGCUAUCCAGCACCACCACCAGAAACUGCAACAGCAGCCGCUACGAAUGCAACUACGGACACAACAACAACUACCAACUUGACAACAACAACUGCGCCAGUUACUGCAGCUCCAGUUGCACUGCAACCUAUGGUCGCAGCUACACAAGCAGCUAUUUCGCCCAAUGUUGAAGGUUCAGCACCACUAGCACCAUGGAACCCACUAACCCCGAUAAAUGUACCAGAGGGCUCUGUGCCGUUGGCUCCUUUGUAUCCAUCGCAAGUACCAGAUAUCAUGAAAUUGCCUGGUGAAUAUUUUGUCACAAAACGUAGCACACAAUCAAUGCUCUCUUCUCAGCUUUAUCAGUCGACCGGUGGCAGUGCCAGUGUUGGAAAUUAUGCCAUGCUGACUUCUUUGAUAACAUUAGUGGUCGCAUUUUUGUUGUAAUUAAUUGAAGUGAAGUGGAGUACUUCAGCGUACUGAAGUAAUGUUAAAUGAUUUUUAAAAUAAUAUUUAUACUUACUAUUAUAAUACUAAAAGACUAUAUUUGAUCAUGUAAUAUUUUUGUAAUUCAAAUAUUUAGUGUAGUUGUUUAAUGUGCCACAAAUGUACUAUGCAUUUUACGAGUAAUUAUUGUUAGAAAAAUAUAUGCACACGCAAUAUAUAUGAAUAUAUAUAAACUAAUGUAAUAUAAUUGUUUUUAAUU